AUGGGGACCCCUCAGACGAUCGAUAUUAAGACCUAUGCCGACUCCACGGGAGUCUUCGAAACACGACCACUGGUGAACGAGAGUGUAUUGAAAGCGACCGAACUCUUAAAUAUCAAUCACCAAAAUUAUCACAUAUACAUUCAUAAUCUAGGACUACAUAGUAUGCAAGCGGAUGUCACCGAAAAAACAACCUACUUAUCAAACUUUUCGUUAGAUCAUAUCCUCCAUCAUCUCUUAGCUAUCCUCUCAUUAGGGGGUACUGCAGAACAACUCUCCCAGGCAUAUGUUCUUGCCGUUGACUCCCAAAGAUCCACGCGCCCCCCUGAUGUUCGCGUCGUAUCUGAUUUCGCCGACCCGGAAAAAUUCAAGUUGUUCCUGGGUAAAGGGAAGUAUUAUGAUGACUACUUCGCCUAUUUCCAGAAUGAGAUUUCUGAGAAUGGAGUUCCGAGCACUGUCACUGAAUUUCUCUUCAAGGGUGACGAGAGAGCCGAAGAUAUGCUGCAACGGUUCUUCAGCGGAUUCUUACACUCCCCCAUCCAUUUAGCAUAUGCGAUGGAAUUCGACCAGCCACUGGUCGUGGCGGAGGCCCUCGCUCUGACGGCCAUUCACGACUGUUCGUUCGGUCAAAUCUUAGCCCAGAUCGAGCAAGUCGCCCGGCAUUCUCCUAUCAACGAGAGCCUGAUCAACCUACAGAGAGGAAUAUAUGACAAUGUGAAGCUUCGACAAGCCAUGGACUACGCGCAUGGUGUAUCCCAAAUCCGAGACGGCUUGCUGGUGAACGCGAAACCUCAAUUUAUGAGCCUGAUGAGUGCGUGGAAAGUUCAACCCCAUGAACUCGAGGAGAAAACUGCAGAAUCGCUGAACUCUACCCUAUACUGGACAGCCCUUGCUCAGCGACCUGAAAAGCAGAUUCGAUUUGACUUUUUCCUCAUGCAUUCUAUCACGGCUGGAUCUCUUUGGCCGGUAUUUAACAGCGUGUCCUGGAUUACCUCCGAAACCAAAUGCCGACUAUUAGAAUGGAAAGGUCGCGCAGAUUUAAUGCUUUACUGCCAAUCGGGAGCUCCCAGUAUAAAGACCGAUGAGUUGACAUGCUACCAACCACGAUCCCCCUCCGGGUGGUCUGAGAUUUUCCGACGGGCCUGCGAUUACAAGGACGACGGACAUUUGGUAAAAUUCAUCAGAGGGAUCGCCACGGCUGAGCAGCUUGCCAGACCUUUUCCUGCAAAGACACAUUUUAUGCUCAAGACGACCGACCACUUUCUCAGGAUUGCUCAUAUGGUGAUUGAUUCUGCAGAACAAUUCAAUUUCGAGUCAGUCGAACAGGAAGUCGAGAUGAUCUGUGCCAAAUAUGAAUACCCUCGUAUUAUGUCGACCGAAAUCCAGCGGGUCACAGCCCGCUGGCCGCGCCAUGUGGGGUUCGAGGAGUCUUGGUUCCAUGUGCCCGCACGCAAACCCAGGACUUCUGCUCGCUUUUGA